GUUUUCUUCCCCGUAUGAGGGGAUGCUGAGUAAAAGCUCCCAGGUCAAAGGAAAUGACAGUGGCAACUCAGAACUGGACUCACUGCAUGAAGAAGAGGAAGUUUCUGAAGCUGAUAACCGAGAAAAGGAGAUUCUCAUUGAUCGCAUACAGUCGAUAAAAGAAGAAAAGGAAGAUAUAACUUACCGGUUACCUGAGCUUGAUCAACGAGGCUCUGAUGAGGAAAAUGUAGACUCGGAGACCUCAGCAAGCACAGAGAGCCUGCUUGAAGAUAGAACAGGACGGAUGGAUACCGAAGGUCAGUAUUAAGGUACAAUUAUUGGAUUACACUGCCGUGCUCAGAGCUCCAGUAUGCCUGCCAAAGACAUUUGCAAAGUGCCUUCUCUUUUGCAAACCUCUUCAAAUUUUUCCUCUGCAUCCCUGGCUUCAAGACACAGAUCAUGUUUAACACUGUCCAAGAUUAAAGUGCCCCGUCGAACUCCGGUGAUGCCAACAGAAAAUAUAAAACUUCCUCCUGGGAUUUUCAAAUGUACAGAAUCCCGGGGCGGGAUUUCGGCUAACGAAGAGUCUCAAAUAAUGGUGAGACGAAGGGAGCAGCCAGCAAGGCGAACUGAUAAAAUCCAUUCUGUGUACAUUGCACAAGGGUCUGCGACGGCCCACGCUCAGGAACUCUUGGAUGAAUACGAACCAACAGCAAAAGUAAAACGGAGGUUUUCGGACCCUUACUCUCACAUUCCCUGUAUAGAGAAGUGA